CGCCUGCGCAGUUUAUUACAGACGCGGAAGCGGUUUACGCGGAGCGAAAUUCGUAGUGAGCCAGACCUCUCCCCUGAACUCCAAACUCAUGUAUCCAGCCAGCUCCUCGACAUCUCUGCUGUGGCCUCUCACAGGCAUCUCUACCUUAAACCGAGCAACACUGACCUCCUGAGUUUCACUAAAGGUGUCCAUGGCUCUGUGAAGGGCGGCCCUGAACCUCCUGGGGCUCUGGUGAACAUCUCGGAUUGACUUCUCAAGACCAGUCUUGCCUGAGAAUGAAGCCAGGAGGAAGAAGAAAGAAAGAGGUGUCCGAAAUGGCUCAUUGCCAGGAGCUGUUGACAUUCAGGGACGUGGCCAUAGAAUUCUCUCAGGAGGAGUGGGCAUGCCUGGACACUGGUCAGAGGGCUUUGUAUAAGGACGUGAUGUUGGAGAACUACAGGAACCUGGUCUCCGUGGGAAUCUCAGUUCCUGAGCUGAAUAUAAUCUCUGUUUUGGAACAAGGAACAGAGCCAUGGACUGUGGAGGAGAAGGAGAAAAUAACAAAACACCCAGAUGCUCCUCCUAUGUGUGUGAGUAAGGCAUUAUCUGCAAAAGAGAACGUUAAUAAAGGAGAAUUACUCGAAGCAAUGGUGAAUGGCAUUGAGGAUUUUGACUUCAGGAAGGUCAGGGAAAAUAUGCAUGAGUUUGAGAGUCAAUGGGGAGAUAUUGAAAGAAAUUACAAAGGAGUGACUAGGACCUUUAACAAGAAUUUCACUUGUAGAAAAGAUCAAUGUGAUAAAACAGAUUUGGGAAGCAAGUAUAUGAAAUGUUUUGAAAAUACGAUUGGAUUAAGGUUUCAGUUACAUCUGGAUGAAAUACAGAGUUGUCAAACUGAAGAGAAAAUGCAUGAAUCUAAUCAAGAUGAGCAGUCUAUCAGUAAUGGUUCUUCAGUCUCACCACUUCAAACAAUUUCUCCCAGUGUCAAAACCAACAUUUGUAAUAAAUAUGGGGAAGUUUUUAUGCAUCCUUCAUUGCUUACACAACACCAGAAAACACACAUUAGAGAGAAACCUUAUAAUUGUAAUGAGUGUGGGAAGGCUUUUAGCCAAAGGUCAACUCUUGUUAACCAUCAGAGAAUUCAUACUGGAGAUAAACCAUAUGAAUGUAAUGUAUGUGGCAAGGUCUUUACACAAAAUUCAAAUAUUGCAUUUCAUCUGAGAACCCAUACUGCGGAGAAACCUUACAAAUGUAAUGAAUGUGGUAAGGCUUUUAUACAUAAUUCGAGCCUUGUGGAUCAUCAGAGAAUUCAUACUGGAGAGAAACCUUUCAAAUGUAAUGAGUGUGGCCAGGCUUUUAUCAGACGUUCACAACUUUGGGAUCAUGAGAGACUUCAUACCGGGGAGAAACCUUACAAAUGUAAUGAAUGUGGCAAAGCCUUUAAUCGUGGCCCAAACCUCACUACACAUCAGAGAAUUCACACUGGUGAGAAACCAUAUAAAUGUCAUGUAUGUGGUAAAGUCUUUAAUCAAAAUUCACACCUUGUGAUUCAUCAGAGAAUUCAUACUGGAGAGAAACCUUACAAAUGUAAUGAAUGUGGUAAGGCAUUUAUUUAUAGAUCAAGCUUUGUCAAACAUCAGAGAAUUCAUACUGGAGAGAAACCUUACAGAUGUAAUGAAUGUGGCAAAGCCUUUACCUGUGGCCAGCACCUCACUAGACAUCAGAGGGUCCAUACUGGAGAGAAACCACACAAAUGUAGUGUGUGUGGCAAGGCUUUUAUCCAAAAAUCAAAACUUGUGCGACAUCAGAGAGUUCAUACUGGGGAGAAACCUUACAAAUGUAAUGAAUGUGGUAAGGAUUUUAUACAUAGUUCCAGCCUUGUGCAGCAUCAGAGAAUUCAUACUGGGGAGAAACCAUACAAAUGUAAUGAAUGUGGCCAGAUGUUUUUUACACACUAUCAACUUUGGUAUCAUGAGAUAAUUCAUACUGGAGAGAAACCUUACAAAUGUAAUGAGUGUGGCAAAGCCUUUAACCUUGGCUCAACUCUCAAUACACAUCAGAGAAUCCAUACAGGAGAGAAACCAUAUAAAUGUAAUGUAUGUGGCAAGGGCUUUAUUCAGAAAUCACAACUUGCAAAUCAUCUGAGAAUUCAUACUGGAGAAAAACCUUACAAGUGUAAUGAGUGUGGGCAGACUUUUUUUACAGGCUCUCAGCUUUGGUCUCAUGAGAGAAUUCAUACUGGAGAGAAACCUUUCAAGUGUAAUGCCUGUGGCAAAUCAUUUAAUCGGAGCUUACAACUCACCAGGCAUCAGAAUAUACACCUUGGAAAGAAACCACACAUGUAAGGUGUGCCCCAGGGCUUUUUUCCAGAGAUCAAUACCUGUGGAAUAAGAGAAUUCAUAGUGGAUAGAAUCCUUACUAAUGCAGUGAAUGUAUCAGAUCAUAUAUCCUUGAGAGAAACUACAUGAAAAUAACGUGUGUGGCUUGGCUUUUAUCCAAAGUUCUGGCAAUGUGGAACAACAGAUUUGAUAUUGUAGAUAAAUUUUAAAAGUAUAGUGAAUGUGGUAAGGCUUUUCUUGACUAUUCAUACUUUAGGGGUAAUGAGAAAAUUCAUACUAGAGAGAAGCUUUAAGAAUAUUUAUGAAGGUGCCAAGGCCUUUAAACGGUGGUCUGACCUCAGGGUUCACCAUGAAUUCAUAAAGGAGAAUAACCUUACAACUGAAUGUGGUAAAUUAUGUAACCAGUUUUCACAAUGAAUUCAUACUAGGGGGAACUAAGUUUCUAGUUCUCAAAGAUUAAUCAACCUCAGAUGUUACAUUCUACUUUGUAAUUAAAUUCCUAAAUCUGUUAAAACUCAUGAGAUUAUGUGUGUCAAAGGAAGAAGUACACGGUGGAAAGGUCCAGUUAUCUUCAAUUUGUAAAAUAUUUCUAUUUGUGAUUUCCUGAAAAGACUACAUUAUUCAUGACUUUCAACCUGAGGUUUGAAAUGUGUUGAUAUCAUGCUGUCACUGCUGACCCUUCAUGCGUCACCCGUGAUGCUCUUCAGGAAGGGAUCAAUGAGAUGAAAGGGGCUACUUCAUUAGAUGAAAUUCACUCAUGUCUAUAUUCCCUGGAAGAACAAGGAUACUGGAUUUUAAAAUACAAUAUGGUGGAAGUUUGUAUGAGAGUGGAAUGGGGUGGAGAAUAGAUGAAAAGCUGUGAUUUGUCUCAUCAUGAUUAAUGUGUCCAAGAACACCUCUAGAGGGCUACUGUGAGUUAUAGGAAAGAAGUGCUCUACCAGCUGACAAAUAGAGCAGACCAGGACAUUGAGAAACAGAUUUUGAUGGGAGGAGAGUGAUAGGUUACUAAGAACUGCUUAUGUGGUAGAAAUGUUGUUAGGUACCAUCGAGUCAGUUCUGACUUACAGUGACCGUAUGUACAACAUUUCAAUGUUGAAGUGACAUAUAUAACAUUUUCCAUGAUGAAUUCAUACAAUACACAAUUCUGGGAAUAUAUCUUCAGAGUUUGCACUUGAGUCAUUCUGCAUUUUGCCUCUGGAUAUUUAUGUGGAUAUAAUGAAAAUUCCAUAGCAGGGCAAUUUCUUACUCUUGACUCCCUGAAACCUCCCUAACUAUUGAUGGAUGUUCUGUAUGCAGUACAAAUAAUGGAGGGGAAAUGAAUUUUGAAUUCACUUGAAUUGCAAUAGCUGUUGUAUAGCAAAGAUUAAUGAAAAAAUGUUAUUCUUGGAAACUGAAGAGGGAACAGUUAUCGGAGAGGAAAGUUUAAUCAAAAGAACCAAAAUUGUGCAUGUGCAGGAUUCACGUUUAACCACUGGCAUUGCAUUUUGGUACUGUUUUAUUCAGAAUGUAUAGAUUUCAUGUUUAAUAAAAUUUAAUCAUUUUUUUAUUACCCUGAAUGGAUUAUGUUCCUUUUACCAACAGUCAUAUCUUACUUCGGUAGGUUAUUUCGUAAUAGACACUAACGGUGCACCAUUAGGCUCUCAAGGUUGAAAUGGCGUAUAUAACAAUGAUUUCCAUGGUAAAAUCAUACAAUUCUGAGAAUAUAUACCCAAAAUUUACACUUGAGUUAUUCUCUCUGCACUUUGCUUCUGGUUAGUUAUGUGGAUAUAAUGCAAAUUCCAUAAUGGAAAAUUUCUUACUCUGACUUCCUAAAACCUCCAUCACUAUUCAUGGAUAUUUACUGUAUGAUUAUAUUUCCACAUGCCCUUUAUUGUGCCUAAAUAAAACCAUGGCUUGCAUUGGCCUGUAUUUAUAUGAGGUGAAAAAUGUAUUAAGCAUAUGAAACUUGUUAGGAAUAAAAGAAAAUACCUAGAAUAACAAAUUAAUAUUUUGUCUCCUUGGAGUGCUCACUGAAAUAAUAUGAAAAGAUCAUGUUCAUCAGUUUCCCCUUAAGAAGAUAGAGUUUUUUUUGUUUUUUGUUUUUAAUACAGACUUUUACAAACAUACCUUCCCAACCAUUUUUUUGUUAAAUUCCCUUGGUUGCCAAUGUGGAAUAACAGGAUGAACUUAGAUUCCUCGAGCUGCCAUAACAAAAUACCACAAACUCAGCAGAAUUUAUUCUCAGUGUGGAAACUGUAAAUGUCGUGGUGUGUUGUCUGGGUUGGUUCCUUCUGGAGGACUCUGCAGGAGAGUCUGUUCAAUGACUCCUAAGUUUCUGAUUUUGACCUUUGACAUUCCUUGGUUUUUAGAUGCAUCAUUCCAAUCUCUAUCUUCAUGUAGUGCUCUCGUUGCUUGUCUCUCUUCUAAGGACACACAAAGAAAGAUUGGGGCCCACCCUAAUUUAAAAAAAAAAUUUUUUUUAACCCCAUAUUAAUUACAUCUGCAGUGACCGUCUUUCCAAGUGGAUCAUGUUCAUGGGUACUGUCAGUUAAAAAUUGAGCACAUUUUUUGGGGUCACACAAUUUCAACCUAUUAAUAGACCUACAGCCAAAAUUUGGUUUGGAUGUUGAGAUUGGUAGUGCCACACACCAAAGGGACAUGAGAAUGUUUAUUACACACUGAGAGCAGGGCAGCCUUCCCAAGAAGGUACCAAAAUGGCUUGAGGUUUUAUGGUUGGUAGGGAGUGGGGUGCUAUGAAGGGCACUUGUGCAUGGUUUGAACUUUCUACCAAGUGAUAAGGGAGGCUUUUUUUUUUUUUUUAAAUCAAAUUGCAUAGAUGUAGGCAGAAGGGAAAGAGAGAUGAGGUUUAAAAGCUGCCAGUAGCCCAAAGUCAAAAAAUGGAGACAGACUUAAAACACAACACUGAAUUUAGGGGUCUUGAAGCUCAUGACUUCUUGCGGGAGAAAGAUUACAAUUUUUCUUCAUGCAAGUAACAUGCCUUUCCUACUCCCCACAGCAAUCUUUGCGCUAUAUGAUUGUUCCAAGUGCUUGGCAAAUAUGUUUAGAUAAAUUACCUAGGAUUCUUUAAUAGUUCCACAAAAAUGAAUGUGUGGAAGUGUUUAUCAGAUGAAAUAUUUAAUUUUACUAGAAGGGCAGUUUUUCAAAGGCUAUAAAAAUGUCAGUUUGAGGUAUGGUAAUAUGUUUACAUCAUUCUUUUAACUAGUAAACUGAAAAAAAAAAAUUGUCCUCACCAUUACUUUUUUUUCACACGUUUUAAACCCAAUUUAUAUGUUUAAUUUACAUUUCUUCCCCAUGUUACUCCAGUGAAAAAUAGAGGAUACACAAAUAAGAGCUUGUUUUGGGUCUUGUGACAUAGGGCAAGCACAGGUACAAAGCAGGUGUUCUAUAAAUAUGAAGAAAGUCCCAUUAAAUCUGUAGUUAAAGAACAGGGGAGUUAUAAUAAACUACAACAUGUAAUGCGGAGAAAGGAGACCAUUAAAUCUCAUACUGGGAUUUGGGGAGCAAAAUGCAUUUAUUUUACCUUCAUAUUAUCUGUCCAGUUCCUCCCAUUCUUGCCAUUGUCAUUAUCAUGAUCUCUUGCUUUCAUCAAUGCAAUGGAAAUUGUACCCUGGAUCUCAAGGUGUUUUUGGUCAGCAUAAUUAUUAGAAGAAAAAUUUGGAAUUUACUUGUUAUCGUAGAAAUACAGGUUACAAAACAUUUGCCAUUUCCACCAUCUUCACAUGUACAUUUCAGUGACAUUAAGUAUGUUCAUCAUGUUGUUCCACCAUCACACUUACCUGAUCCCAGGUUUUUCCAUUGCCUUUAACAGAAGCACAGUGUCUCUCAAGCAUUCUGUCUUCCUUUCCCCCUCCCUCCCACCUAUGUCUAGUAAGCACUGUGGGGUCUGGAAACAAAACAAUCCUAGAGACUUUAUACACAAGUGAACUGUUUUCUCUCAGUUGGCCUACUCUGACUUGCGUGACGUUGCAGGAUGUUUAAUGACCAUGCAGUAAAGUUGGAGCCCAGGUGGUACAGUGGUUGAGAGCUCCCUGCUAACUAAAUGGUCAGCAGUUUGAAUCAGCCAGCCACUCCUUGGAAACCCUACGAGGCAGUUCUACCCUGUCCUG